AUGCACUGGGGUAUGAGCGUUGAAGAGCCGCAGAUUCUGGAUGGGACCGACGACAAUGUCAACGUCGACUCUAUCGAGGCCAGAUCAGCGUCGUCAGACAGGAAUCCGCAGGCGCGAAGGAUUCAGGCGUCAGACCAACCCCUGCUAGCGGUGCUGCAACGUGAUAUUGAGGCCAAAGGCGUCCUCCGAGGCGUUGCUGCUGCUGAUAUUUAA